AUGAUGGUUGUUAAGCCUUUUGUUCAUGUAUUUUUUUUGCUUUUAAUUUGCACUACUGAAAAUGUAGGUGGCAAAAGGCUUGUUGCCGAGGAAAAAAUACCCCCUGUAGUUCCAAACUUGUUUAAAGCUAUCCAACAAGUUAUUAGCUUGUUGAAUACCGUCAUUACGAUUCUUGAUAAUGUUGAGGAUACUGGUAAUGUUGGAGUGAUGUCUAUAACUGGGUUCUUAAAUAAAAUUCUUCAAAGACUGCAGGGAAUUCUUCAACAGUCUAAUGUUAGGGUUAUAGGAACGCCUAUAGGAGAGUUCAUGGGUGAUACUAGAGAAAGGCCCGAUUUUGAGCAUAACAAUGGAGGAGCAGGAGGAGGUGUUGGUGGUGAUGUUAGUAGCACACCUGGAGGUGGAAUUUAA